AAGGAUUUUAUGAGCCUGGAGAGAUCAAUGAAAAGUUCCUCCAGUGACUGCACACGCGGGGAGGUCAUAACACUCUGGAGUAAAUAACCUGUACCAGCAUGUCUGCCUACUACAGGAGUAACAGCUAUGCGAGGGAUGAAGAUUACCCUGACUAUUCAAGGCCUCAGGACCAUAAGGAGUAUUUGAAAACUCAGGAUUAUCUAGAUUUUCCAGGUUCUCUGAACAAUCCAGACUAUCCCAGCACCAGGAGCAAUGCACACUCUGUAGGCUCCAGAACAAAUCUAGACUUCCCUAGGUCUCUAGCAGAACCAGAUUAUCCUGAAUCUCCAAGUACUCCAGAUUAUCCCCGCACCAGGAAUAAUCCCUAUUCUGCAGAUUCCAGGACAGACCCAGACUAUCACAGGUCCCUGCCAGAGCCUGAUUAUACUGAAUCCCAGAGCAAUCCACCCCACUUAGGUUCACCCAGAGAACCAGAGUCUCCUGGAUCUCAGAGAGAUCCUGAUUUUGCAGAUUCCAGAGUCAGUGGAAAUUAUACAGAUGCCAGAACAAAGCUAGAUCGUUUUGGAAUCUUGGAAGAAGCAGACUACCCUGGAGCUGAAGGCAACUCUAACCAUCCUGGCCACAGAGCCAAUUUUAACCAUGCAGGCUCUAGAAGGAAUCUAGGUUAUGCUGGUUCCAGAAUCAGUCCAUACACAGACUCUCUGGGACAGCCUGACUACCCAGGUGCUGAGAAUCAACCCAACUUUUUCCACUCUUUUGGGGAACCAGACUAUCCUGGUUCUGUGGACCAUCAGAAUUCUCUAAACCUUUGGGGGAAACCUGAUUACCCAGGUGCUAAGGAUGGUCAUGGAUACAGCUCUUCUGAGACGCGGAAAAUGACUAGGUGGGGUAGUGGGCCCUUGGGCAUCCUUGGAGGAGAGAAUGAAGAUUACCCUGAAAGCAUUGAAAUGACAUCAGUGGAGAUGGCAAAUCCAUAUGGCCACUCUCUACCAGGUGAUCCUGGAAAUGGCUAUGUGAACCCUGCUUUUAUGGGUGAAAAUAGCCCUCUCCGUGCUAAUGGAAACCUACUGCUAUCUGAAUGUGAUUGGCACAAGUCACCCCAAGGGCAAAAGUUAAUCGAAUCCCUGAUACCCAUGACAUCUAGAGACAGAAUUAAAACCAUCAGGAACCAGCCAAGGACCAUGGAGGAGAAAAGGAAGCUCAGGAACAUAGUUGACAAAGAGAAAAGUAAACAGCCCCAUCGUACUCUCCAGCUCAAUUGCUGUGCUCGUUGUCUGAGCUCCAUUUCUCUGGGUUAUCGGAGAUCCAAGAACAGUCUCUCUGAGCUCCUCAGUUCCAUCAGCUUGUGGCAGAAGACACUCAAGGUCAUCGGAGGCAAGUUUGGAACCAGUGUCCUCUCCUAUUUCAACUUCCUGAGGUGGCUUUUGAAGUUCAACAUCUUCUCCUUCAUCUUGAACUUUAGCUUCAUUGUAAUCCCUCAGCUUACGGUGGCUGAAAGGAACACGCUCCAGUUCACCGGGCUGGAAUUUCUCACUGGGGCGGGUUAUUUUACGAAAACAGUGAUGUACUAUGGCUUUUACACCAAUUCUACGAUCAGGCACGGGAGCAGUGGGGUCUCCUAUGACAUGCAGCUGGCCUAUAUCUUCACAAUCGGAGCGUGCCUGAUCGUCUGCUUCUUCAGUUUGCUUUACAGCAUGGCCAAGUAUUUCCGGAACAACUUCAUUAACCCCCACGUGUACUCCCGAGGGAUCGCUAAACUUAUCUUCUGCUGGGACUUCACGGUCACUCACGAAAAAGCUGUGAAGCUAAAGCAGAAGAAUCUUAGCACGGAGAUAAGGGAGAACCUGUCCGAGAUCCUCCAGGAGAAUGUCAAGUUCACAUUCCGCCAGCAGCUGGCCCGCUUUUCUGCUCACAUAGCAGCCUGGCUUGUCUCAACGGGCGUGGCUGUCGCCUGCUGUGUAGCUGUGUUUUACCUGGCUGAGUACAACUCCGAGUUCCUGAGGACGCACAGGGACCCUGGGGCGGUGCUGUUACUGCCUUUUGUGGUGUCCUGCAUCAACCUGGCUGUGCCGCGCUUCUACUCCAUGUUUGGGCUGGUGGAGAGGUACGAGAUGCCACGGCAUGAAGUCUACAUCCUCCUGAUCCGAAACAUCUUCCUAAAGAUAUCAAUCAUUGGAAUUCUCUGUUACUAUUGGCUCAACAUUGUGGCGCUGUCUGAUGAAGAGUGCUGGGAAACCUUCAUUGGCCAGGAAAUCUACCGCCUCCUCCUGAUGGAUUUCGUGUUCUCUUUGGCUGAUUCCUUCCUGGGGGAGUUUUUGAGGAGGAUCAUUGGGAUGCGAUUCAUCAAAAGUCUUGGCCUACAGGAGUUUGAUAUUGCCAGGAAUGUUCUUGAACUGAUCUAUGCACAAACUCUGGUGUGGAUUGGGAUCUUCUUCUGCCCUCUGCUGCCCUUGAUCCAAAUGAUUGCUCUCUUCAUCAUGUUUUAUGUAAAAAAUAUCAGCCUGAUGAUGAACUUCCAGCCUCCAAGCAAAGCCUGGCGGGCCUCGCAGAUGAUCACGGUCUUCAUCUUCUUGCUCUUUUUCCCGUCCUUCACCGGAGUGCUGUGCACCCUGGCCAUCACCAUCUGGAGGUUGAAACCUUCAGCUACCUGUGGUCCCUUCCGAGGUCUGCCUUCCUUCAUUCAAUCCAUCUACCUUUGGAUUGACACCCUACGUAGAAGGCCUGGCUACAUGUGGGUUGUCUGGAUCUAUCAGAACCUCAUCGGCAGUGUGCACUUCUUUUUCAUCCUCACCCUCAUCGUGUUAAUCAUCACCUAUCUUUACUGGCAGAUCACAGAGGGAAGGAAGGUGAUGAUCAGACUGCUCCAUGAACAGAUCAUCAAUGAGGGCAAAGAUAAGAUGUUCCUGAUAGAAAAGUUGACCAAGCUACAGGAGAUGGAGAAGAGAGCAAACCCCAGUGCACUUAUUCUGGAAAGGAGACAGGCAGAGUUACAAGGCCCACUACAUCUGAUGGAACAUGAUGCUACUCCUGACCUGCGACUUAGGCGAUCAGUUCAGGAAGAUCCUUUAAAGGUCUGAUGACUGCCGCGGAACCCAGAUACCAACCCAGUACGGAAAGAAGAUAAAAAUGGGACAAAUUCUUCCAGGACACCUCGGCCUUUAGGAGCUUCUUGGAAAGAGAAUCCAAGCCUGUAGCUGGAAGCAGGAAACUAACCUACCAUGUCAAUGCUGAAGUAAAACUGGGCACAUUGUUAUCUUUCAAACCUAGGUUGCUGAUUUUUCAAGACCACAUACUUGGUUUUUUUCUAGUAAAGACUAUUGAAAUACUGAAAUUAGCCCAGAAGAUGUAGGAAGAUAUAAUCUGAGGAUGAUGUACUUUAUCUUCAAGAAAUGUGUCUCUGAAUUAUUCGUCUUUAGGAAUCUCUCCUCCUAGACCUGGUAAAGGUUUUUAGAAACUGGUGCUGUGAAAAGUUGUCCAGAAUGAAUAAAAAUAUGAUCUUUAAUCAGGCA